AUGCCCGCACCUAGAAUCCAGACAAUUAUGCACACACUUCCUCUGGCCGACAUGGAUGAGCGUGGGCAGAUGAUCCUGCCUGUAACCUCCCACACCCUGUUUCAUGCAGCUGAAUCUAUUGUGCAUGUCGAAGCCAGCUCGAGCAUACAGGCACAUAACCGAGACUGGCCCCAGAGGUGUUUGCCCACACGAGAGGGAGAGGAGCAAGAUGACCGAUGA